AUGCGAGUCGGUGGGAGAAUCGAGCAAUCUACACUCAACUAUAACGCCAAGCACCCGAUUCUGAUACCUAAAGAUACUCCACUAGCUGGACUCCUGGUUCGACAUUUUCAUGUCUCCUAUCUGCACACUGGAGUUGAUGCAACGUUCACCAAUCUUCGUCAGCAGUACUGGAUUCUGGGAGCCCGCAAUCUCGAAAGGCAGUCUUCCAAUGCAAAUCCUGUUUUCUUCAACGAAAGGGCACAAGCAACCAGAUCAUGGGAGAGCUACCAAUUCCUCGAGUUCAAGCUAGCCGCUGCUUUCAACACACAGGGCUGGACUACGCUGGACCGAUCGCAAUCAAGGAAUCAAAGGGAAGAACUCCACGCAUCGGAAAGGCAUGGUUUUCUAUUUUUCGUGUGCCUCACUACAAAGGCACUUCACAUAGAGGUUCGGACAAAGUGGCAUCUGGAAACCGAGAAUCUGAAGAUCGACACACUGGUAGUACUCAAGGAGCCCAAUCUACCGCCCUCUAAAUGGAUUCUUGGCCGCAUCACAGCACGCAGGAAUCGACAACAAGGUCCGAGUCGUUACAGUGAAGACUGCUCACGGAUUAUACAAACGCCCAAUUGCCAAAAUCGCUGUACUGCCUCUCUGCUGAACAACCGUUCAGGGGGCCGUCUCACAUGCGGGAUCUACAUUGGCCACAAUCAACCGCUAGCUCGAGAAGGUCAUCGCUUGGGAAGCGAGACUCCCGCGGAAAACAACUUUACGCAUCAUACUCUGGAGAAUAUUCCGGCGGCUGGUUCUCAGACUCUGUUGCCAACCAUCCUUGCUGACGUCAUCGACGCCUGGGGAAACACUACAACCUGCAGGCUGCUCCUGGACACUGGAUCUACAAUAACCUUGGCAUCGGAAUCAUUUGUUCAGCGAAUAGGCGUGCGUCGAACGCACGCACGGAUUUCUAUCUCGGUCUCCGCCGCCAACAGCGCGGGCGUUACCCGAGGACGCGCACAUAUCAAGCUGCGCUCUCGUCAUUCGGGCCAAACUGUCGAAUUGGUCUCGUUCAUUCUCACCUCGCUGACGUCAUCACUUCCUGCCCAAGUUAUUGACACCUCAUCCUCUACGUGGAGGCAAAUCUGCGAGCUUCCUUUGGCAGACCCAACGUUCUGCACACCUGGAGCAAUCGAUGUCAUUGUUGGAUCGGAUCAACUUUGGUCUCUAUACACAGGAGAUCGGAAACACUUUGGCUCUUACUCUGCAUUCGAUGAUCACCCUACUUCUGCGGUUACUCAUCACGCGGACCUAGACACGAUGGUUCGUUCAUUCAUGGAGAUGGACAGCAUUCAGCCUAACCAGGCUCUCCUGGACGCCAGCGAUCCCACAGAGCGUCAUUUUGCUGCCACACACAAGCGCUCGAAGGACGGGGUGUACGUCGUCGAGUAUCCCUUCAAGGAGAAGGCACCGCCUAUUGAUUCGACCUUGCCACAGGCCAUCAAUCGCUUCUUCUCGCUGGAACGCAAAUUUCGUCGGUAUCCAGAAUUGAAGCAGCAGUACGAAGCUUUCCUGGACGACUACUUGCAACGUGGACAUAUGGAACAACUGACCUCGGCUCAGGUUGAAGAGUCCCCAGACACCUGCUUCUAUUUGCCGCACCACGCUGUCAUCAAACUGGACAGUCUGACUACCAAAAUGUCGUAUGUCGAAAAGAUGUUUCGAGGCAUUAAAGUCUUUAAGCCACACACCAAUUUUCAGCGCAUUGUUUGGCGCACGACUGAGAAUGAACCUCUGCUUCAUUUUCGCCUGCUGACGGUUACCUACGGAUUGGCACCGUCACCAUUUCUGGCUGUUCGAGUUCUAAAGCAACUUGCCGACGAUCAUGGCCAUGAAUACCCUGCAGCAGCUCACGCUCUUCUGCACGAUGCCUAUGUGGACGAUAUCCCUACAGGCGCCAACACAUUCGAGGAGCUUAUGAUUCUCAAGGACGAGCUUAUAGCCCUCUUGGAUAAGGGAAAAUUCAAGCUACGCAAAUGGAGUUCUAAUACUCCUCAACAAAUCAGCUGCGGAUUCACCUGUCAAGUUCUUGGUAUCCAAUGGAACCCUGGGAAGGACGUCCUGUAUCUCAACCUAAAGGGAUGCGAUGCGACCAUUUCUCCGACGAAAAGGGAACUCUUGUCUCAGCUAUCAAGAAUUUAUGAUCCGCUUGGACUGGUAGCGCCGGUCACAGUUCUACUCAAGCUAAUCUUCCAAGAAAGCUGGACAAGUGUCCUGCAGUGGGACGACCCCAUACCUGAAAGUCUACGUACGCGCUGGAGAGCCUUAGUAGAGGAUUUGCCAGCACUUACGCAAUGCCAAGUACCACGGUAUAUUGCGUCACCAUUUCGAGAUGUUCAACUACACGGAUUCGCCGACGCAUCCUCGCACGCCUACGGUGCGGUAGUUUACGCUCGAGUUGCAGUUGGAUGCAGCUUUCAAGUAACUCUGGUUGCCGCCAAAACACGGGUGGCCCCGAUCAAGCCCGUAUCAAUUCCACGUUUGGAGCUAAACGCUGCCACGAGCUGCUGGACAGAUUCAGAAAUUGUGCUACAUUGGCUUUCAGCUCCCCCUCGACGGUGGAACACCUACGUCUGCAACCGAACUUCUGAGAUAUUGAGCGACUUUCCCCGUAGCUGCUGGAACCAUGUUCGCACGGAAGACAAUCCUGCAGAUUGUGCUUCCCGAGGACUUCAUCCGUCAAAGCUUCUGGAGCAUCGACUGUGGUGGAAAGGUCCGUCCUGGCUGGCCACACCCACCUCUGAGUGGCCACCUUCUACAAGCAAGUUCAGCGUAUCUUCAAGUUUCGAUGUCAACACCGAAGAACGAGCCAUAAAGCCCACGACUCUACAUAACUUUCCUGAUGAAAGUAUACACGAGUUCCUCAUCCACAAAUUCUCAACCUGGACGCGUCUUAUAAGGGUAUCUAGCUACUGUCAUCGCUUUAUUCACACUCUUCGAUCCCAUCAUAGGAAUUCGGCACCAUUCCUUACGUCUGAAGAGUUGCUGGACGCACAGCGCCGACUUAUUCGACAUGUGCAACAAAAAUCCUUUGCCAGAGAUUAUGAGCAGCUAGAGAAUCGACGCCAGCUUAACGCUAAAUCGCAUCUUAUCCGGUUUUCUCCGUUUCUGGAUGAUUAUGGAGUAAUGCGAGUCGGUGGGAGAAUCGAGCAAUCUACACUCAACUAUAACGCCAAGCACCCGAUUCUGAUACCUAAAGAUACUCCACUAGCUGGACUCCUGGUUCGACAUUUUCAUGUCUCCUAUCUGCACACUGGAGUUGAUGCAACGUUCACCAAUCUUCGUCAGCAGUACUGGAUUCUGGGAGCCCGCAAUCUCGUCAGAAAGGCAGUCUUCCAUGCAAAUCCUGUUUUCUUCAACGAAAGGGCACAAGCAACCAGAUCAUGGGAGAGCUACCAAUUCCUCGAGUUCAAGCUAGCCGCUGCUUUCAACACACAGGGCUGGACUACGCUGGACCGAUCGCAAUCAAGGAAUCAAAGGGAAGAACUCCACGCAUCGGAAAGGCAUGGUUUUCUAUUUUCGUGUGCCUCACUACAAAGGCACUUCACAUAG